CAUAAGGAAGAGAACAAUUUACAAUAUGGCAGCUUUAACAUCAACUAAAAGAGCUUUAAGAAAAGAAAUUAAGGAUAUUCUUAAAAAUAUUAGCUUAGAAGAAAAAAAGGAGCAAUCUGUAAUUGUAUUUAAAAAGCUAUGCCAGUUAAAGCAAUAUCAAAAUAGCAAGAGAAUUUCUUUGUAUUUGAGUACUAAAGAUGAAAUCGACACUUUGCCCAUUUUGAAACAUAUAUUUGAUAUGGGAAAAGAGGCAUUUGUACCGCAAUAUCAGGGAAAAACUAUGGAAAUGGUAAAACUAAAAUCAAUGGAAGAUUAUGAGACAUUGCCACUAACAAAAUGGAACAUUAAACAACCAAGUGCUACUGAAAGUUAUGAAAAUGCAUUAAAAACAGGUGGAUUAGAUUUAAUAAUUUUACCAGGUGUUGCUUUCACAGUGAAUGGUAAACGUUUAGGACAUGGAAUGGGUUAUUACGACAAGUAUUUAAAAAGAUGUUUUCAAAAAGACAUAAAGCCAUAUCUGGUUGCAGUAGGAUUUAAAGAACAAAUACAAGAAGACAUUCCUGUUAAUGAGAAUGAUGUACCUGUCGAUAUUGUACUUACUGCAUAA